AUGACCAGUCAAGGAGGCGUCCUGCAGCUGGACCCGAAGUUCAGUCCCGACACUUUUGUACGUGCAAAAAAUUGGGUGAAGGAGCUUCAAAGACAGGCCAGUCCCAACAUAGUGAUCGCGCUGGCUGGCAACAAAGCAGACAUUCCAAACAAGAGAGCCGUAGAACUUCAGGAGGCACAAGGCUAUGCUGAUGACAACAGUCUGCUUUUUAUGGAGACCUCAGCCAAGACUGCUAUGAAUGUCAAUGAAAUUUUCAUGGCUAUAGCAAAGAAGCUACCGAAGAACGAGCCCCAGGGUGGAGCUGGACAAGCUGGGCGGACGAGGACAGGAGUGGAUCUAGAACAAACGAACCCUCAGGGAGGCAGCGGCCGGUGCUGCGGCGGCAACUAGGAAGCAUGAAACGACGAACUUGGUGAACAAGCCCUGAACAUCAUUUUAAGGACAGCAUGUAGCUAAAACCCAGAGAGGCAGAAGAGGGCAGAGCCACUCACCACUUCCACACUUAAACUGAGAUUACAGAUGAGAUUAUCUGGAUGCCCUUUGAUUCAAAGAACUUUUGUAAAGCAAAUCAUAAGCUAGAGGGAAUUCCCAAGAUCCCUCACUACUUCUCUGUCUUUCCCUUGUGUGUCUGUCUGCCUCCCUGUUGAUCUUUAGCCUCUCUCAGAUGAUUAAAUGCUGUUAUAAAUGAAUUUUUUUGAACUGUGAUGCUGAGGUUAGUGGAGUGUGUGUGUGUGUGUGUGUGUGUGUGUGUGUGUGUGUGUGUGUGUGUGUGUGUGUGUGUGUGUGUGUAAUGCAUAUUUUAUAUAUGCACACCUGUUUUCUACUCCUGUCAUUUGCCUAUAUCCAGUGGAUAACAAAGAAAAGUAUCCCAAAAAUAAUCAUCCUUAAGUUACAAAUGGUGGAGUGAUUAAUCUUUUUUGUCUUAUUGCAGUUGAGAUUACAGCAUAAGGCCCCAUUUGCACCUGGCAUUAACAUGUGAUAAGUUAUCUGAAUAAUGACAGGUAAUAUUUGGUGUUUCACAGUUACCCCUAGCCUAAAAUGUGUCAUCAUCUGACCGUGCUCUGACUUUGUCUCAGUAUGCAGAUUAGUCAGGUUGAUUAGUUCACAGAAGGACGAGCCACCUCUAAAUGUGGCCAUAAAUGUAUAUUAUUCAUCUCUGAGAAAAGGUAUCAUGAAGGAAGACUUACAAGGUUCUGCUCAACAUUUCAGUUUACUGAAAUGAGCAGGAAGAGGCAGAUGUUGGGCAGAUGUUUCUUUUUUUUUUUUUGUUCUUCUUCUUUUCUUUUCUUAAUAUGGUGAGGCUGCACUGACUGCAUUUACACUAACAGAGCUGAUCAGAGUGCAAGCUGACCACCUCUAAAUGUGGCCUGGGUUAUCUGAUUGCAUACCAAUCACAGUGCAUGAAAUUACACCUGCAUUUCUUAUCCUUCCCCAUUGUUAAGUUAUCUGGAUGCAGAUCACAUUGUAAUGCGAGGUGUAAAGGUGGCUUUGGUUAUUCUUAAUAGGGAGUUCGAUGAGACAGUUACAAGAAAAGCUUAAGACUUGGCUUCCUGAGGGUGGUCGUGAUUGGAUGGGCUACACAUCUGAAGAGGCUGUACAAUAAAUGCAGUUGUUUUCUUCAUUGUUUUAUUGAUAACUGUAACACCCGAGAGUUGUUAGCCUUUUUUAAAGAAAUGUGAAAUAACAUGUAAUCUAAAAAGAAAUAAAUAACGUGCAAGAUUA